AUGGCGCCUCCCCCCCACCGAAAGGUUUGUUCUGAAGGUGAACAGGCGGUGGUCUGCGGCCCCCGCAGCGGGCGAGCCUCUACAGGCAGCUCUGCAGUUGGCCCACCGCUCCCACAGUACAGCUCGCAUGACUCCAUCUUCAUGGAUGGAACGCGUGGCACCGACUCUUUAUUGCCAGAACAGUGGCAAAGCGGUUUGGAGGACGUCGAAUGUUUACCGCCCGUCAGGUUCUUAGACCCUACGGAAUGUUUAUGGAACGCCUUUCAGCGCCUGGGAAACCUGCAAAUAGUCAAUUGCAUUUCAGUCGUUUCGUCCCAUCGAAUAGAGUUGGAUACUCUAAAGGAAGCUGCCAUAAUUGUGGCAAGGAGGAACCAAGCCUUACGACUUGUUAUUCGACUGUCGGACGCCCAGGAAACCACUAGGCAUCGCGCAUUGCAGCUGCAGCAGAAGCAACAGCAGCAGCAACAACACCAAAAGCAAGCAAGCGAUGAUGGUUUGCUCGGGGAAGAUUCUGAGGCCAGCAGUACCAAUAGCUGCCCCUUCUCUCGGAGUUUUUGUGCAGCUACAAACCGCAGCAGCAGCAGCAAUUCCUGCAGGCGAGUCACCAGCAGUGAGAGUUGCGCUGCAUGGGAAUGGGGUGCCCGCCGCAGCGCUAGCCAGUUCAGCCCACGAGAAUCCAGUAGGGAGAUUGGGGGCCAGGACGCGCGCAGCAGCACCCGCAACAGCUACAGCAGCAACAGGGGAGGCAGCAGGAAUGGACAGCACAAGGAAAAGGCCCCCCUUGGAUUUUCCAUGCCAUGCAGCUGCAGAAGACGAGCCCACCUUAAAUUCACUUUCCAUGAACGGCUUGGAGAGCCUGUAGUGGAUGUCCAGUACGCCACUGUCAAUGACUCUCUCUCCUCUUCCGGUUUCUCUUGGCCACAGCAACACGGCCAAGGAGGGAUGCACCCAGAUUUAAGCCUUCUAGAGGAAUGCGACUGGAUGAAAGCCAUGGCAUGGGAACAGAAACAUCCUCUGAACUGUGAAGAGGGCCCUUUAUGGAGGUUGCGGAUGAUGCCGUCCGAAGAGGAUAUGUCUGCUGCUGAUGAAGACAGCCAAAGCUCCCCGCCGGCCUCACAAGUGGGCAGAGGUCUUGAAAGGACGCAUACAUCACCAGUCAGUUGCCAAAGAGGCCUGGGGGAAUCGAACAGCAGCAGCAGCAGAUGCAGGAGCAGCAGCGGCAGCAAGGGGAAGCGCUUCCGAACCCACAUUAUUGGUGUGUUCCACCACUCAGCCAUAGAUGGAAUAAGCAGGAAAGAGUUUUGGGAUGAGCUUUUAAGAGCUGUAAUCACCGUCAGCAACGCAAAGGUCUACGCCGAGUAUGCCUCUCGAGUCAAGGCUCUUACAGCAACUACUGCAGCUGCGUCUCAACCCCUACCAAAUUAUCGCCAGCAGAAACUGAACCUGGAACAACAACAACCAGGACCCACCCCGGGGGCCUUGGCUUCUAGCAUGGCUAUGCAGACACCCCUCACUAAACCGACUUAUCGCUGGAGGAGAGGUAGCAGCAACAGCAGCACAUCUACAGCCUCUCCUGGAACCCUAUACUUGCGCCGUAGCAGCGCUGGAAGCACCAGCAAUGGCCUAUUCCCCUUCGGCGACACGGAAUACAGUGGAGGAUCGUUUGACUCACCAUCAGCAAACACUUGGAGUUAUAUCCGGCGCUUCUCUGCAGUUUCUGCCGGAUCUGUAGACAGCUCAGCGGCUUACCCUGCAGAUGAGGCCCUGCAAAGCAGGCACUGUCAAACGGACGCUCCUCUCACACCUCCUGUGACAGUACUUCCGCCAGCGUUGAAUGAGUUGUUUCCAGUUACACCCUGUGUCACCGCGCUCAGGCCAUUGAUGUGUCCCGGCCACGGCCUGCACAUAAAGCUAUAUCUUCUGGAGAGGGAGUUGCUGAAAGCACUGCGCAAUCCAUUCGCAUGUUACUACCCGUCCAAACGCUUCCGAGCUUGCGGAUCCGAGUACCAAGCUUAUAAAGAACUGGCAAAAGCUCUUCCAUCUGCUGAUCUUCCUACUAAGCAGACAAUGUACAGGCACCCAGGCGGAGCACCCGUGCAGAACCAACAACAAGAGUUGCCAGCUGGUGGGCCUCCUCCACAGACAAGCGAAUUUCCAGAAGACACAGCCUUUACAGGAGUAGUGACCCUCCGACUGUCAGAAGAACUAACGGCAGGGCUCAUUGCAGCAUGCAAAGAACGAAAAAUGACAAUGAAUGGCCUUGUUACAACAGCAGCGGCUGUGGCGCUAUCCCGCAUGCUCUGGCGGAGAAAUCAAGUGAUGCAACAACAUGGCUUCCUCGCCGACCUCUCCCGUGUUGCUGCUGCCUCAAGUGAAGCCCAUCAUUUGCACCACUCGUUGUGGUCCUCCUAUUCCAUUCAGCAACAUGGAGAGCAAAUUCUAAAGGCGGAGGGCGGGGAAACACCGCAGGAGGAAGCUUGGGUUCAUGGCAACGAACAGGAAAGCCUGGACACUGCAUUGACUUCAACGUGCGCUAGCUCCGAGCAGGAUUCCGCUAAGGCAGCAACCUCUGAUAGAACUCAGUCUCCGAACAGCUGCGAGACCUGCUCAAGCCUACUCAGCAAGGGAUCUUGUAGUAGUCCUGACUAUGCGUCGGAUCUCCUCGAGCGUCAAGGCGUUUCUCCAGUUGUGAGCGAAGGCAUGCAUCCCUACACUUCACUUCACGAGCUUCUGCAGACGAUGCAUUCUGGAUCCAUGGACAAGGCUAACGAGGAAACAAAGGAAAGGCUGCAGGGGACUGUUGCGUUCGGGAAAAAAAGUGGGGGCAGCCUGCGCUGUGGCUGGUCGCUUUCCCACAUCGGCGAGAUGUUGCAGCAGCUGGCGACGCGUUCCCCUGUUUCUGGAGAGGGUGUUCCUGGCAUGCCUAGCAGACAAUUCGCGAAACACAAGGGUCCAGUAUACAUUUAUACUCUGCAAGCUAUUAGUGGCAGAAGGUGGCUAGACAAGUGGCUUCAGGAGCAGCAGCGGAACGUGGCGAGCCCGACGAGGGGUCGAAAGAUGAAUCCCAGCGACGGUAAGCAGUUUGAAGAGUUUUUACUCCAACACCUCGUUGUCAGCAUGAGACGCCACAAGUGUUCACGGACCCUUGCUGCAAUGGCAGCGGCUUCCGUCACCAUUUAUACUUCUGCAAACCCUCCUUCACCUCACCUGCUCCCAUUACCGCCUCCAAGACACUCAUCAUCAUGCUUGUGGGGCAGUCCAAACGGGACUAGCUGCAGCAGAAGCAGCAGCGGCAGCCGGACCAGACGCUCCACACAGCAGGGACUUCAGCAGAGUCCACGCAAACUAGGUGCUGAUCGUCAGCAUGAAAACAAUGCAUUCUCCAGCAAUCCUGAACAGCAGCAGCGCGUUAGUUCUGUUGCUGCAGCCAACUUAGCGGCGGCCAUGAAGCCUGUGGGUUCCGUGCACAGACGUAGAAAGUGUGGGUGCCCAGGAGAGUCGCAGGGAUCUCCGGGUGCCUUCAGCAACGAUGACGAUCUCUGCUUUAAUACCGCAAAGGGCUGUGUGGAGACAACAGGACAAAGCUCCCUCUCAACCUCCAGCAGUUUGCACUGCACGAUUACGAGCACUUUGAGUGCAGAAUCCUUAGAUGAUCGUGCAGACAAAGCAACCGUAUACAGCGCAAGGAGCACCAGCACAAGCUGCUCCAGGCGGCUGCAUACCCACGCGCGGACUGUCGGCAGUCGCAUCUCACGUGGGUUCAGGAUGAUAGCGCAAUGGCUUUGGGGAACUCGCAAGCCCAGCAGCAGCAGUGAGAAAGCUGAAAAGCAGCAGCCUGAUCUAGAACAGCUCCCUCCAUUUGGACUCGGGUCGUACGCGUUGUUGAUGCCCCUGAAGCUUCGAGUGCCCAUGGAAUGCAAUCAGGAGGCGGAAGCGAUAUGGACUCUUGGCAAAGCAUGCACAGAGACUGUGCAUAGAUUUGUUUCUUUACCUAACCCUUCCCUAGCUACCUUCGAUUUCCAGCUCAUUUCUUCCUUCGCCGAGGAAAUACAGGGGCAAUUAAAGUGCUUGCACCCCGUCAGAAAUGAUUCUUUCGCUAGACCGUCGGCGUUUCUGAUCUCAAAUGGCGGCGUGUGGGCUGCGAAUGCGCUCGACACGUUUGCAUCAAAAAUCCAUGAACAGCUUCGAGCUGUUCCAGAAAGGCACCGAAGAUUGCUGCAGCGCGCGCUGCAGCACCAGAUGUUUUUGCAGCAAAGAGCCUCCAGGAGACCGACGCGGCCGCCUCUGCCCUCGCAGCAUCCAUGUGGACCAGGAGCAGCAGAAGCAGUUCUUAGGGGCAAAUGCCAAUGCGGAGGCAGAAGACCAAUCCGUAGCAACAGGCGUUCUGGUAGAAGCAGUGGUCAACCAGCAGCAUCACCUCUGCACGCUGCAGCAUCCCUUCCCGCUACCAGCACCUGCGUUGCUGGAGCAGAAGUAAGGCUACCUACUGACAUCAUGCACUCGGGAGACCAACAGCAGAAUAUGCACCACCAGCACCAGGUGGGGAAGGAGUGCACAAGUGGGCUAGAGCGUUUGCUGUGGGGUUUAGAGGGGUUGAUGGACUCACUAAAGCCAUUUGAUCUCUCUGUGGACUCUAGCUGGUCCAUCGUAUGUCAACACAGGACUGGAUUAAACUACUUUGCGCACAACUGCGUGACAGUCAACGGAAGGAUGAACUGGUCUCUGCAGUACCACACUAAUCUCACGUCACGUGAGAUUGCUGCGCUGUAUGCCGCCAAUAUUCUGGAAGUCCUGCAGGAAGCACACGCUCAGCACGUCCAAGAAAAGGCACUGAAUCAGGAACAGCAAUCAAAGUAUGCGCGAUAUUUUGCUGCCGAAAAGGAACCUGGAGAAACAAAGCGAGCACAGGCUGCCGCGGGACGGUAG